AUGAAUUUUAUUGGCGAUAUGGAAAAUUUUCCACCUCUAAAUAAUGUUGAAAAUACGUAUAUGCGAAGGUUCUAUCUCCAAAAGCAUGCUGAAUUGGAACUUGAAAUGCAAACUUUACAAGAGUUGCAACAUAUGGAAUAUAUCAGUACAAUACAGAUGCUUGAAGAGCAAUUUAAGACUGAACUGGAAGCCGAAGAAAUUGCAGACCAGCUCGAGAAGGAACGUAUUGAAGAACAGUAUGAACGAGAAAGAGAAGCAGCAGAAAAGGAACUCGAGGAACGGUUAACAGAACUUAUGGAGGCUAUGAUUCAGGAAUGUGAAGAACAAAAGAAAAAAAUUGAUCAUGAAUUUCAUAAUUCUGAUAUUUCUAGUGCACCUGCAAACGAUUUUCCCAGUAAAAAAAGUCUUCGGAGGCGUCCGAAUGAGCCUACACCGUACAGUGAAAAGCAUAUGCAUACUAAAACGCGUCCGAACAUUGCAGAUGCUCUUACCGAUCAAGAGAUUCAAGAAGAUCUACUACUGUUAGAAGAAGCUGAAUUGAAAAAUGCAUAG